AUGCUACUUGGAGAAGCCCUUGCACAUCCAGACAUUGCCGGCAACUAUACUCGCGAUCAAUACAUCUUGAUGACCAAGGUCGGUCGCAUCACUGCUACACAAUUCGACUAUUCGCCAGCCUGGGUUCGCAAGUCAGUCAUGCGAUCACUUGAACGACUGCGCUCGGAAUAUCUGGAUGUGGUAUUCUGUCACGACGUGGAAUUUGUCUCCGAGGAGGAGGUUCUCGAUGCUGUGCGUGUUUUACUUGAGAUGGUUGAUGAGGGCCAUAUCAAAUAUGUUGGGAUAUCGGGAUAUCGCAUUGACGUCCUCGCGCGAAUCGCUAGAAGCGUCCAAGAAAAAUACUCCAGGCCUCUUGAUAUAGUGCAGAAUUGGGCUCAAUUAACGCUACAGAAUGAUCGCUUGGCCCACGAGGGCUUGCAGGCUUUUCAAAAGGCUGGCGUUUCCUGUGUUUGUAGCUCAAGUCCACUUGCGAUUGGGCUCCUGCGAUCAAAUGGUGUCCCUGUAGGUGAUCUGGGUGACUUUCAUCCGGCGCCUCAAGGGUUGCGAAGCGCAGCAAAAAAGGCGGCGGACUAUGUUGCUGCGCGGGGCGAGUCCCUUGCGGCCUUAGCCUUGAGGUAUUCGAUUUCUCGAGCGCAGUCAAUAUCGGUCUCUGAUUUCCGAGUGGCCACUAUAAUGGGGAUUACCUCGGUCGCUGAGCUUGAGGAAAACCUGGAUACAGCUCGGCAGGUUCUCCGGGUGACAGGUGAGCAGCGCUGGCUUUGGACUCCAGAUGAUCCAACGUCAACGAAAUCGGAAUGUACGAAGAUGGAAGAGUUCAAGGCUCUGGUUCAGUUAGUGCAAGAUAUACUAGGGGGGUGGAAAGACUAUUGCUUUCCGAUUCCAGGCGAUGGGUGGGACGUAGCGAGAAGGCGGCCGGUAGAUACUAGAUUAUGA